GUUACUGGAUAAUUCGAAAGAAUUCAGUAGCCUAAUUACAGAAAUAUAUUGUUCAAUUACGGUUUCUUUGUAGGCCGUUCCAGAAGACAAGAUUUUCAAGUUGUGUCAUAAUUACUGUGGUCUGAGAAGGAGUCUUCACGUUGUUAUUUGUUCGCUGCAGUCUGAGUUUGCGUGUGUUAGCAGGUCCGCCGCAAGAAGUCCGUCAGCAAUGCUAAUUUUUCACGACAUUUUCUCAGGGGAUGAACUGUGCAGCGACAGUUACCCAAUGUCCCUGGUCGAUGACGUCGUUUAUGAAUUCACUGGCAAGCAUAUCGUAAGGAAAGAAGGUGAAAUUUCGCUGCCUGGCGCCAAUCCUGCGGAGGGUGAAGUGGAGGACUAUGGAGAAGCAAAAGUGGAAAGCGGUCUCGACAUAGUCUUGAAUCAUCAGUUAGUUGAAAUGCCUUUUUAUGAAGAUGUCAAAGUUUUCAAAGAAUGGGCAAAGGAAUAUUUGAAAAAGUUCGUUUUUUAUCUGUAUUAUGAAAAACGCUUGUCGAAGGUAUUUACUCGCCUAAAAAUAUUUCGAGUCAUUUGCAAAUUAAAUACAGGUUUGUCUCAGUGCGCUAAAACAGUGGAUUUCGGUAUGUAUUUGACUAAAUAAAA